CUGCUAUGGAGAAUGGCGACAGCUCUCAUCAGAACGCGAACGCCAUUGCGGGGCCAUCCACGAUCACCCAAGACACUCCCAUGUUCUUUUUCCCUCCACAGCCAGGCGCUCCUCCCCCGCCAACCCACCUCCGAAGUACCCAUGAUCUCAUCACGCGCUUCAACCUCCUUGCCGCCUACGACAAGUACGUCCGCCAGCCCCCAGCAUCAGGCACCGGCGCCUCCGACGAAGCCACCGCCGACAAGGGCAAGGGCCGCGCUCCGUCGCCGACACCCGGUCCCGGUGCGGCCGCGGAGGACGAGCGCGACGGUGAGAAGAAGAAAAAGAACACCUACCGGCACCUCAUCAAGGGCGUCCCGGGCAAGCACUCGAUGAAGAAGGAUGACUACCUCACGACGAUCAUGCAGGUUCCGCCGAAGCAGCGCAUACCCAUCGUCGAGUUCGACGCUCACCAGCGCGAGGCGUUCACUGUCAGCCCCGAGGGCCUGAAAGGGUGGAAUGCGAGUGCUUUGAUAUUGGAAUCUGCGCAGGCGCGGGAAGAUAGGAAAAGACGCAAAGAGCUCAAAAAGCUGGCCAAAGCACAAGCACAAGGCCUCGCCCCGGGUGCUCCAAUGCAGGUAGAUACGCCCGGUGGCCCUCUGCAGGCACCUGGGACCAAUCUUCCACAGCCGCCACCAGAACCACAAAGUACCCGCCCUCGAAUGCCGUCCGUCCAGAUACCCCCAACACGUGUGAACGGGACGCCGACGCCGACGGGCGCACGACCACCACAGAGCGCUGUGCUUCCUCGGACGAGCACACCUCUAUCGGCAGCACCAGGGCAGCGGGGGACGAAGCGGGCAAUGGACGACGGUGGAGGGGGCACGCCGCUGUCGCAGGUCGUGUCGAACGGGCCCAUUAUGGCUGCGUCCGCGAACGGCGUGGACAUGGGUGUGGGCAUGGGUGGGGGAGUGGGAGGCAGCGGAAAAGCGAUCGUUGGGCCGGGGGGAGUGCGUGCGCGGCCGAUGAAGAAACAACGGAUGGUGAGCGAUCGUCAUCAGCUAUAAUUGGCUUUCACAUAAGCUCCGGAUCCACCCCACCCCACCUUUUCUCCCCUCCCGCUUUGGUGUUGCUGGUGAUGCGUUGUUACGCUGGUUUUUGUCGUUAUGAAUUCAAGGGAUUUGGGUCUGAAUGUUGAUUGGUUCUGUAGGACUCGCAAGGUCAUGCCAUCCCGGUGCAGCAGCCUACACCUCAAGGUGCAUGAAGACGCAUUUUCUAACGGGAUUCUGGUUUCGCCUCCCUUUUAUUCCUCUCGUGGGUGGGCAUAUCCGACACUUCGUCGCUUUUGUUCGAACAUCGCCGCCGAAAAGCAGCCACAUGUUGCUCGAAAGAGUUUACGGCGCGCAUUUUUGCUUUUUGCCAAAUAAGACGGCGUGUACGACGAGAAGCACACCAUACAGGCUAGACUCAAGCGCCCCUUCGUCCUCGAGCACCGCCGUCUUGUGCCGCUUUUUAACAUCUUAUUUUUCGCCUUAAUAUAUUGAGAUACCAUUCACAUUGCAUCAUCGUCCAACACACACAUCUUGCCCCCUAUACACUAUCCAUUCAUCCCCAC